CAGAACGCGCAAUAACGCGCGCACGGCAUAGCGGAUGUUAUUAAUGCGGUGAUCUUACAAGUGUACUUUAAUGGAAGUGAGCUCCAUCAUGAUGUCUCAGGAUCAGCACCUGGAUGAGUCCUGUAUGCUGUCUUUCUUUUGGAGGAACGGAAGUGAGACGCCAGAGCCGCUUAAAGCAGAUGUGUCAGGUUUCAUCCCUUCAUGGCUUCAGGGGACACUUCUGCGCAAUGGUCCUGGUCUGUUCUCAGUUGGUGAUACUUCAUACAAGCACUGGUUUGAUGGAAUGGCUCUCAUUCACAGUUUCACCUUUAAACAUGGUGAUGUAUUUUACAAGAGCAAAUUCUUGAAGAGCGAGACGUUCAAAAAGAACAUGACAGCCAAUAGGAUCAUUGUUACUGAAUUUGGUACCCUGGCCUACCCAGAUCCUUGCAAGAGCAUAUUCGCCAAAACCUUUAGUUACCUGCUGAACGUCAUCCCGGACUUUACAGAUAAUAAUCUCAUUAACAUCAUCAAAUAUGGUGAAGAUUAUUAUGCUUCAUCAGAGGUGAACUACAUUAAUCAGAUCGACCCGUUGACUCUUGACACUUUAGGACGAAGUAAUUACAGAAACCACAUUGCCCUGAGCCUGGCAACCGCGCACCCGCACUACGAUGAUGAUGGGAACACGUACAACAUGGGUAUGGCCAUCAUGAACUUCAGCAGGCCACAAUAUGUUAUUUUUAAGGUGCCUGCUAAUGCCUCAGAAAAAGAUAAGCCAGCCCUCAGUAAGUUGGAGCAAAUUUGCUCCAUUCCCUUUCGCUCCACCCUGUACCCGAGCUACUUCCACAGCUUCGGCAUGACGGAGAACUACAUCGUCUUUGUGGAGCAGGCCUUCAAGCUGGAUAUACUGAACCUGGCCACCGCGUACUUCCGAGGCGUCAACUGGGGCAGUUGCCUGAAAUUCGACAAAGAUGACAUGACGAUAAUCCAUCUGGUAAAUAGGAAAACUGGGGAAACGUUGAGCACAAAGUAUUAUGCAGAUGCCUUUGUGGUCUUUCAUCACAUCAAUGCCUAUGAAGAAGAUGGCCAUGUUGUAUUUGAUCUGAUCACAUACCAGGACAGCAAUUUGUACGAUAUGUUUUAUAUAAGAAACAUGAGGCAGGACAUUGACAAGUUCAUAGAGACCAACAAGGACUUUUCUUCACCAACAUGCCAGCGGUUUGUCCUUCCUAUCAAUAUAGACAAGGAAACUCCACCAGACACCAACCUGGUAAAGUUGCAGGACACAACAGCCACUGCAGUGCUGAGGCAGGACGGCUCGCUGUUCUGCACCCCUGACAUGCUUUUUAAGGGUUUAGAACUACCAGGCAUCAACUACAAAUAUAACAGUAAGAAGUACAGAUAUUUCUAUGGAUCCAGGGUUGAGUGGUCACCGUAUCCAAACAAGCUCGCAAAAGUUGACAUAUUGACCAGAAAACACAUCGAGUGGGUGGAUGAGGAAGGUUACCCAUCAGAACCUGUGUUUGUUGCCUCUCCGGAUGCCGUUGAAGAAGAUGAUGGUGUUAUUCUGUCUUCUGUGGUUUCAUUAAACCCUCAAAAGCCGCCUUUCCUGCUGGUCCUGGAUGCAAAGUCCUUUAAGGAGAUUGCUCGGGCUUCAAUCAAUGCCACGGUUCAUAUGGACCUGCAUGGAUUAUUCAUACCUGAGACGUCUACCUAAAAUGGACCUUAAAAAUGACACCACAACCAUCUGAAAUAUAAGUUUCAUCAUCAUUGAUGGAUAAAAGCAUUGGAAGUUAAACUUAAAAAAGUGACUUUAAAUUUUUUUAAACGAUGAUUUUUAUUGUAAUUUUUGGAGAAAUUAAUUUUAAUUAUUUAUUAUUUAAUAAUUAUUUAGGAUCCAACAUUUGUGUUAUUAUAAAUCAUAUUAUGUUUUUACACACAGCCUGUCAAACAGAGCUUUGUUGCAAAUAACCUUGACCACUGGAUGGCGUCUGCAACGCCAGUGUCAUGAGUUUGAUCCCAAGGAACAAACAUACUGAAAAAAUUUAUACUUUGAAUGCACUAUUAAUCACUUUAGUAAUGGCUGCUGGUGAUUAAGUAAAAAAUAUAUGGCUUAAAACUAACUGUAAAUGUUUACAGAUAUGUAUAGAUUAAAAAAGAGGAUUGUUGUAUCUUUUGUAUUGUUUUACAGUAUAAUUAUCACUCUUAAAUCUUUAAUGUAUGUGCCAAUUAUUCCACUUUAAUGAAUGUUUACAUUAUAAUUUAUUAUCUGUGAUAUUUUAAAUUCAGAGCAAUGCAACCUAAACGCUAUUUUAAUGUGACAAUAUAUGUUU